AUGGGAAACCAAACGCAAACCAAAGAAUUCAUCCUGGCUGGGUUCUCAGCAGUUAAGGAGUUGCAAAGUGUUCUAUUUGCACCAUGCCUAGUAUCCUACCUGGUUUUGAUAGGUGGGAAUGCUGCUAUUGUUGCUAUGACCAGUUUGGAUUCACGGCUUCAUACCCCCAUGUAUUUUUUCCUAUGUAAUUUCUCUGUGGCAGAGAUGCUGGUCACGUCAACUGUGAUUCCUAGAAUGUUGGCAGGCCUAAUGGCUGAGAGGAAUGCAAUAUCCUUUGGAGGAUGCCUGGCUCAGUUUUACUUCUAUUUUUCCUUGGGGACUACAGCAUUCCUUCUACUGGCUGUAAUGUCAAUUGACCGCUAUGUGGCUAUCUGCCAUCCUCUGCACUACUCCGCCAUUCUGAACAAUCGCAUAUGCAUCCAGCUUGCAUUUGGAUCAUGGGUGAUUCCUUUCUUUUCAAUGAUUCCUCCCACAAUUUUCAGGUCCUUGCUAUCCUUUUGCAACUCCAAUCAGAUCAACCAUUUCUUUUGCGAUAAUGCACCCUUGCUCAGACUCUCCUGUUCAGACACCCACCUUAUUGAGCUUUUGGAUUUUCUUCUUGCAAUUCUGUUUGUCUUAAGCUCUUUUGUUGUGACAACAGCAUCCUAUGUUGCCAUCAUCUCCACCAUCCUAAGGGUCCCCUCUGAUACUGGUCGUCAGAAGACCUUCUCCACCUGUGCCUCACAUCUCACUGUGGUGGUUAUUGGCUAUGGCACCACCAUCUUCAUUUAUGUGAGGCCUGGCAAAAAGUAUUCUACAGACAUGAACAAAAUGGUGGCCUUGUUGACAUCUAUAGUGACCCCAUUCCUAAAUCCCUUCAUCUUCACUUUGAGAAACAAGAAAGUCAAGGAGGUCUUCAGAGACUGGUUGGGGCAUUUACAGAGAACAAAACUAUGA